AACGGUAGCUGUUUUUGACAACUCAGCAGUGGUUAUGUAAAGCCCAAGUAGGCCCAAUUAAGCACCCGACUGAGUAACUAAUAUAAGCAUCUAACUGUUCUCCAACCAAUAUGUUACCGACCGUGUUUAUAUUAGUUUGUUGUGGGGGAUUUCUUGGCGAUUCAGCAGUAUCUGCACUGCAAACUAACGUUGGACGAGAAUUCAUCUUUGGGUUUGCUGAAAACUACCGGCCAAAUGCCGACCCAUCGGUUAUCAUCACAAACAUGUCCCCACUGGACCACGAGAACGUCACCGUCCACAUCAGUACACCGGUACACGGGCUCUUGCAAACCGUUCAUCUGCAGGGCUUGGACAGCUCCAAGCAAAUAACACUGCCUCGUGAGCUGGUACCAUACGGCGAAUCGCCAGACCUAUCUGUCAUCAUCGUGAAUGCCGAUGACGAUAUUGCAGUGUACGCCAUCAACGACGCACACGACCGCUCAAUGGACGGGUUCACGGUUCUACCCAAAAGGUCUCUGGGAACUGAAUACUUCGUCGCAACUUAUGAACCCUCCUUGUCUUCACAGAUGCUUUUCAUUGCUACUGAGGAUGACACUGUGAUUCACAUUCAGUUAUCAAACCAUGUGGUCUACAAAAAAAUCGACGUUCAACCGGGACGACUGAUCACUAUUGACGCAAGUAAGUACGAGGUGUUCUUGCUGGAAAGUGACAAAGACUUGAGUGGAACCAAGAUCACGUCUAAUAAACCUCUAGCCGUUUUAAGUGGGAACAGGUGCGCGUUUGUCCCGGUGGGUGUGUUGACGUGCGACCAUCUUGCCGAGAUGCUUCCCCCUUUCACUCAGUGGGGCAAAACGUUCGUGAUCAUGACAUUUUUGGGCCGUUCUUCGGGUGAUAUUUACCGGGUCAUCGCUGGACGCGACAACACGGAAGUAACCGUCAAAUCUCAGACGUUCAUUGUAAAAGAGAAAGAGUUCCGGGACUUCGAAAUUUUGCAUGGCCAAACAAGUUUCAUUCAGUCUGACAAACCUGUGCUUGUUAUACAGUAUGCCAAGAGCUUUGCAGCUGAUAAUGUAAACGGGGAUCCGGCAAUGACGAUUGUACCUCCAAUGGAGCAGAGUGUUAACCUGGUAAAACUACCAACUUAUAACACCACAAAAGACUUACAGACAGUCGAGAACUACGUGAAUAUCUACGCCCCGUGCAAAGAGAUGUACUACUCCAACCUGACACUAGACGGGGAGGUGAUUCGAGACAUCGUCUCCGCUGAUCGGAUCGUCCGGGUAGACCGUUCAGAUUACUGUGCCGUUGGCUUUCACAUUGACCACGGAAUGCACACCGUCGCCCCGGGGCCGCAAGGGUUUGAGAGCUUCGUCGCCAUUGCAUAUGGUUUUGCCCAGGGCAAUUCGUACGCGUGGCCGGCGGGCCUUGCCACAACCCAGAUCGUCUGCGAGUACUUGUUACCCAGUAGCAGCAUCCAGUACUAUGAUUGCAGGAGAGGGAUCAUCGAAGUGCACAUUCCAUGUAAUGUAACCGAGGUUAAAACCAUUGAAGAAUGCAUCAAUACAGAUUGUGUGAGCUAUGAUAACCUCAUUUUCAUCUGCGCUGGAGUUGCAGUCGCGGCAAUGAUUCUACUGCAACUAUUUCGUUACUUCGUUAUCGGAAGGACAUCAUUGAACAAGCAACAGAUCGCAUUUGGACAAACUGGACUGCCACUACCACCACCUCCUCCGGAGAUAACUAUAGCAGCCUUCGAGACUCCCAGUUCACCGCCGCCUGAACUCAUUAUCAGGCGUGAUAGUUUAUCCCCUUCAAUGAUACCUGGUUCGCCGAUGCCUUCACCAAAUACGAGGAGAACGUCAAGACAGGAACGCGCCGACCGUAUGAGGAAGAAAUAGAGAUACUACAAAACUGUUUAACAAACUGUUAAAGACAGUGGACACUACUGGUAAUUACUCAAAAUAUCAUCAUAAAAACUUACUUGGUAACGAGCA